AAUAGCACAUACAAAUCGUAGAUUAAAGUAUAUCAAAAUGAAAAUUUUCUUGUUUGCUUACGCCAUCUUCCUGGCUGGAGUUAAUGCUCUACCCGGCCUCAGCCAGCUGGUCUCAGAAGAUCAUGACAAACCCACCACAGACUUGGAAGUCAAGGCCAACGAACGUUUCGUCGACGGCAUCAUCGUCAGCGUGAUCGAGGGUCUUGCCCAGGAUAUCCGCGAUGCAGGUCUGGACCCCAUCAACAUUGACAGUGUCGGUGCUGAAUACAGACUGCCAGUUACCGACCUGUUCAACGUGGAGGCUCUCGCCGAGGAUGUGAUUUCUACCGGUCUCAGUGACUUCGUCAUCGAACAUAUCAACUAUGGCGUUUUAACCUCCAGGCUUCGAAUGACCCUUGUCCUGCCCAGAGUCUUCGUCGGUGCUGAUACUGCACGAGUUAAUGGUCAACUCUUGGGAUGGGAGUUCAAUGGUAGUGUCAGUGGCAGCUUGGCCAUCGUGGAGAUCCGCGUCCGCAUCGACGUGCGCAUCAACAUCGGCAUCAUUUCUGGUGUCUCCAUCCGCAGCAUCGAUAUCGACUUCUCCUUGGGCGGUGUCGAGUCCAACUUGAACGUGAACGUUCAGGGUAGUGACUUGAGUGAGGCCAUCAACAAUUUCGCUGGAAAUAUCGUGCCUACCACUCUCGCCAACAACAGGGCUGAAAUCAACGAGCUUUUGGAAUACAUCAUCCUGCAGAUCGCCUAAGUUGUUUCCAAACAUAUAAAUUGUAUACAUUGAAGACAGUAGGUUAAGCCGUGUGUUUUCUAUGUAUAGAAUAAUAAGAGUAAAACGCAGCACCAGCCAUGACUGAAUAUCAAUAUAAGAGUAUUUAAUUGCAUACUUUUGUAUAUACAUAUAAAAUGUACUGUAAUACUUUUAGUAUGUAAUUAAACUAAAUGUACAUUUAAUUUGUAUCAAUAGCAAUAAAGACACGAUCAAGCUUA